UGUCAUUGGGGAUAUGAACCGACACCAAAUUGUUAUAAAACACUUGAACGGUCAGAGACAAGAAGAGGACGUCUAUUUCUAACAUAAUACAAUAUGACUUCAGUAAUUUUAUUUCUAACAAUAAUAUCACAACUUGGAUUAUUGCAAGGAGCGGUGGACUAUUCGGGUUAUAAAGAUCAUAAAUGUGCACGAGCUUGUGAAGAUGGUGGAGAAAUAAUGACAUGUAUAUAUAACUUUACUCUAGAAUAUUAUUAUACAUUGAGUAAAGCAUGUUAUGAUUGUCCUAGAAAUAUAACAGAUUGUAAUAGACCACAUUGUAUAUCAGCUGAUGGAGUUCCACGAUCUGUAGUUGUUGUAAAUAGAAUGUUACCUGGUCCAGGAAUACAUGUUUGUGAAAAUGAUAUGAUAGUUGUUAAUGUAAAGAACCAGUUAGAAACAAAUGAAGGCACGACUAUACAUUGGCAUGGUAUUUAUCAGAAAGGUUCUCAAUGGAUGGAUGGUGUUCCGAUGUUAACACAGUGCCCUAUACCAACACAUUCUACAUUUCAAUACAGAUUUAAAGCUGCAAACGCUGGAACACAUUUUUGGCAUGCUCAUGCUGGAGUGCAAAGAGCAGAUGGAGUAUUUGGUCAUUUGGUUGUACGUCAACCACCAAGUAGAGAAGUCCAUUUUUCGCUAUAUGAUGAAGAUCUUGCUGAACAUACUGUAAUGGUCAAUGAUUGGUUAAAUCAACUAACAAUUGAUCGAUUUGCCGAGCAUCACCAUAGUGACGGUGACAACAAACCCAGAUUAAUGAUCAUAAAUGGUAAAGCUGCUUUCAAAAAUUUCACAUAUGGUGAUGAGUCUGGUCAGAUCUACAAAACUUCACAAGAAAUAUUUUAUGUUGAACCAAACAAACGAUAUCGCUUCCGAGUUGUCAGCAAUGGUAUCCUCAACUGUCCACUUCAAGUUUCCGUAGAUGACCACCCGAUGAUAAUUAUAGCCAGUGAUGGAAAACCCUUUGACCCCAUUGUAGUGGAUUCUUUCAAUAUAUUUGCUGGAGAAAGAUACGAUUUUAUACUCGCUACGAAUAAAACUAUUGGAAAUUAUUGGUUUAGAGUUCGUGGAUUGGCAGACUGUGGUGCAGACCAGAAGCGUGGACAGGCUUUAGCCAUUGUUAGAUAUAACGGGAGUCUAGAGGAAGCCCCUACGGGUGCAACAGACUACGAUAGCUCAGUGAGAGGUGGAAGGCUGCUGAAUCCAUGGAACGAAGCCGGAACAGAAAGUAAAAUACCAGUUUCUGAACUAACAGCGUUGGUCCCAGAUGACGACUCCAUGAAAGAAAAGCCAGAUAAGAAGUUUUACCUAGCCUUUGAUUUUAACCCAAUCAACAAUUUCCAUUUCCAUCAUCCAGAUCUCUACCCAAUGUUAUCUAUUGUUAAGGAGAAGCGUCUUUAUUCACCACAAAUAAAUGGUAUUUCGAAUAUGCUGCCACACGCACCACCACUAACACAGUUUGAUGAUAUACCGGAGGAUAUGUAUUGUAAUACAGAUACGAUACAAAAGAACUGUAGAAAGGAAUUUUGUCAGUGUGUACACAGAUUACAAGUAGAUUUAUAUGAUACUGUAGAAAUAAUAAUGUUAGAUGAAGGUGUUACAUUUAAUGCCAAUCAUCCAACUCAUCUACAUGGACAUUCCUUCCGUGUCGUCGCUAUAGGGAAGUUAAACACAACCACAUCAUUAGAAGAAGUUAAAGCUCUAGAUGAAGGAGGUUUUAUCAAGAGAAAAUUAAGUAAAGCUGUUAGUAAAGAUUCAGUAACUGUACCAGAUGGUGGUUAUACUGUUAUUAGAUUUUAUGCCGAUAAUCCAGGAGUAUGGUUUUUCCAUUGCCACAUAGAAUUUCAUGUAGAAAUUGGAAUGGGAUUAAUAAUACAAGUUGGAUCUAAAGAUGAGAUGCCAAGGAAACCCAAAGGUUUUCCUACUUGUGGAAAUUUUGAAUAUUCGGGACUCGAGGAGGAGGAGAAAGAGGAGGAUAAAUUAGAAUGCACUAAAGGCGUAGCAGUUUCCUUAAGAAUCGAGCGUUAUAUGUUAUGUUCAAUUUUAACUUUUGUUAUAUUAUUUUUCUUCCAAGGUUAUUAUUAAUAGCGACAAUUGUCUACCAACUGUCAUUACUUGAGUAUUUUUUGCACCGCUUCUAAAAACAUGAAAUAACUAGCACUCGUCCACUGAAUGAAACCGCGACACUGUUUCAGAAAGCAUCGGAAAACUUACUACACGUAAAUCGAACAUUUUACAUUGUUUUAUUGAAGUUACUUGUGAUCUAUAAGUAUUCUUCUUGAGGUUUGAAAACAAAUCAAGUCAGGUGCCUUGUUUGCCCAAUUGCAUCGGUGAGUAAUGUAAAUCUCACUUAAAGGACAUCGUAAAUAAAAGCGGCAGUUCGUAUGUAAAUUAAAUGGCAAAAUCUGACGAUAUGGUCUAUUUACCGUGACUGACAAGAUAUUGCGUCGUUUAGAAAUAACGAUUCCUGGAUUAGUUUAACGGAAUAUGUAAUUCAUUUAAGGAAUUUCAUUCUUCAAUUCUAUGAGUGACUUGAUAAUCAAGACUAUUGGUUACCACCAUAACUUUGUAUCCAGAGAAUUUGGGACACAUUAAAAUUGAAAGUUUGUAUUUUUUCCAAAAAUUACCACACAACUUUGGUCGUUACACACGACGAUUAUAAAUCUUUGGAAGAGUUUUUUGCGACUAAUUUACCAGAUUUAUUUACUAAAAUAUAUCUGGACUGACUCUUUAAUAAUCUCGAUGAUUCAAUUAUCUACGCCGCUGAUCUCACUGAACACCAAUAAACACUAAAACAAUGAAGUGCUUACAAUCAGGAUACGCCCACACUAAAUCACAACCAGCAACGUUCUGUGAUGUUUUGUUUUAUUCUUGUAUAAUAUUUAUUGUAAACUGUUUCAGUAUGGAUGUAUUAUGUAGUCACCCUGUCCGUCGGUCAGUCCGUCAACAUUUGGCUUGUGAACGCAAUAGAGGCAACAGUUUUUGACGGAUUCUUUUCAAAUUUGAUGUGAAGCAUUGUGAUCACUAGAGUACGAACCCUAACCCUAUCGAUAUUCAACGUUCUGCGACCUGUCAUACCAGAGGUAUGCCCCUUUUCCGUAGAUCUUGGAACGCGAGCGAUAGAGGCAACCGUUUUCGACGGAUUCUCUUCAAAUUUGGUGUGAAACAUUAUUGUCAUGAGUGGAUGAACUAUGUUUACAUAGUUAUCCCUCCUUUGACGGGAAUCUUGUGAACGCGAUAGAUACCUUAGUUUUAACGGAUUUUUCAAAAUUGCUAGGAAGCAUUUGGGGUCACGAAAGGAUGAACCCCAUUGAUAUUCAGUUUCUGAGGUUAUCCCCUCUUGUCAAAAAAAAACCUGUUAAGGCGAUAGAAGCUAUUGUCUUUAACAAAGGAUGAGUCCUAUUAUAAAAUAAAGAAUCCUUUGACUUUUCGUUCCGGAGUUAUCAAUUAAUUUGCUCAAGAUCCAAGUAUUUUCUUUUCAGUUAAGCUUCAGUUGAAACAAAGCGACUAUGUGGGCGUAUUUCUACGCUUUGGCUAUCUUUGUUUAAAUAUGUUAUUUAAUGUUAAUAUUUUCAUUUAAAUACAAUUUUUAAAAAUAUUUUUACUCUUUAUUUGUUUUGAGCGAAUAAGGAAAUAUAUUGCUGAAUCAUCCGCGAUUUGAAGGUAACGACUAGUUCAAUGAUUCAAUGUAAUCCAACAAACACGUUCAAUGAUUGUUAUUC